ACAUUAUUCAUUCAUACAUUCAAAAACAAGCCUUUACCAUUGUAAAUAUCCUCCCUGGAAUUAUCCACAUAUUCUUAGGAAUCUUAAGUGCCACAGUUGAUAUCAUAAAGCUGACAUGCUCCCUAGAGGCCUAUGUGCCUGUAUCCCAAAGACAUUAGAGGAACCUUGAAGCAGCUUUUCUUGUAAAAAGAAGAAUUUGAAGGAAAAUUAUACACUCUAUCUUAGACACUUAUAGCUCCAUUAUUUGUGUCUCAACAGAGAAGUCGACAUGAUUGAGGAAAACCACUCCUUGACAAAUGAAUUUAUUCUCAUAGGAUUUACAGAUCAUCCAGAGCUAAAGACCAUUCUGUUCGUGGUGUUCCUUACCAUCUAUCUGAUCACCAUGGUGGGGAAUCUUGGCCUGGUGGCAUUGAUUUACAUGGAGCGUCGUCUUCACACACCAAUGUACAUCUUUCUGGGUAACCUUGCACUGAUGGAUUCCUGUUGUUCCUGUGCCAUUACCCCCAAAAUGUUAGAGAACUUCUUUUCUAAGGACAGAAUGAUUUCCCUCAGGGAAUGCAUGGCACAGUUUUACUUUCUCUGCCUUGCUGAAACUACAGGUUUCUUUCUCCUGGCUGCAAUGGCCUAUGACCGCUGUGUGGCCAUAUGUAGGCCGCUGCAGUACCACACCAUGAUGUCAAAGAAACUCUGCAUUCAGAUGACCACAGGGGCCUACAUAGCUGGAAACAUGCAUGCCAUGAUUCAGGUAGGGUUUCUGUUUAGGUUAACUUUCUGUGGGUCUCACCAAAUCAAUCACUUCUUUUGUGAUGUUCUUCCAUUAUACAGACUCUCUUGUGUUGACCCUUAUAUCAAUGAAUUGAUGAUAUUUAUCUUCUCAGGGUCAUUUCAAAUCCUCACUAUGACAAUAGUUAUAAUCUCUUAUAUUUUCAUCCUUUUCACAGUUUUCCUAAUGAAAUCCAAAGAGGGAAGAGGCAAAGCCUUAUCUACUUGUGCAUCCCACUUUCUCUCUGUCUCAAUAUUCUAUGGUUCUCUUUUCUCCAUGUACAUUCGACCAAGUUCAGUUAAAGAAGGGGAUAAAGAUAUACUCAUUUCGGUUUUUUAUACUUUAGUGAUUCCUUUAUUAAACCCUUUUAUUUAUAGUCUAAGAAAUAAGGUAGUAAUAAAUGUUAUGAAAAAAAUUAUAAAGAAGAUAUCAUAA